AUGGCCGAAACGCAUGAAGGAGCUGCAGGAAAUCACUCGGGAGGUCGAGCACUCGCUCUAAAAGUCAAAAGCCUCGGCUUUUACUGGCCAAAGAUGAACGCGGAUUGCAAAGCAUACAACAAGAUCAUAAUCGACGGGUUAAAGAAACGCCUCGACUUGAAAAAAGGAUGCUGGGCCGAUGAAAUCGAUGGUGUUCUCUGGUCGCAUAGAACGACUCCUCGAGGAGCAACAAAAUCAACUCCUUUCUCAAUAGCCCACGGAGUCGAAGCUAUGGCCCCCGCCGAAGUGAACGUAACCAGUCUACGUCGGUCAAAAAUGCCGCAGAACGUCGAGCUUAACAGCAACAUGCUGCUAGAUGCUUUGGACGCUAUCGAAGAACGACGCGACCAAGCCUUGCUCCGCAUCCAAAACUUUCAGCAUCAGAUCGAGAGCUACUACAACAAGAAGGUCAAGUCUUGA